AUGUCUCACGGCAAAGGGCCAGCUCGCGGAAACGACGAAUUCCCCGAGGAUGAUCCGGUGACAGGAAUCGGAGCUGCAUCGGAGACGGUCGACCUCGCUUCCGGAGGGGGAGGGCCUACGUCGUCCAUCGUGUCGGAGGCCGCCGCGUCGUUGGCGGCUCAGCUGCGGGAGCAGCACCUACGGCAGCAGCGGCAACAGCAGCAGCAGCAACAGCAGCAGCAGCAACAGCAGCAGCAGCAGCAGCAGCAGCAACUUCAACCGCCACAGCAGGCGCCGGUGGUGAGUACCGAUCCCGUCGGGUUGACCGCCGGUUUGGCGGGGCUUAGCGUUAAUGGCGGGGGGGCUGGCGUGGACGCUGGCGCCGCUGAUGGAGCUGGCGCCGCUGGUGGGGCUGCGGGUGCGUCAGGCUCCGGCGGCAGCCCGUCGGAGAAUUCGGUGCCCAUCGCGGAGCAAAUUGCGGCCCUGCAGCAGGACAACGACAACCUCGCGGGCCAGCUGUCCGUCAUCAGUGCCACCUUACAGCAGUUGGUGGACGCACGGCAACAAGGCGCCGCUCAGGCUGGGGGACCGGUUGUGGCGCCUGGAAGCGGUUUGGACGCGGGCGCGGCUGCAUCACCGGGCUCUGCUGCGGACCGGGAACGGCGCGCUGCCAAAGCAGACUUUGAGAGCAAUGCAUCCGCGUGGCGUUCCGGUCGUACCGUGUGGACUCUCCGUAGCUUGCGGGGUUUCGACCUCCAAUCCAAGGAGACACUCAAGACCGUCAUGGCCGGCUUCGUGGAGUGCACGGACAAGGUGUGGCACCAGUUGCGAUAUAUGUCAGGAUUUAAUGUCCUCGAGUUUUUCCCCGACAGUGAACGCGGGGAAAUGUCGGUCGCGGAUCAUUUUGACAUGACGUGUGCGGCGAUUUUGCGCGUUUUAAAGUUUGGCCUUGCGCCUAGUGUGCCCGAGCAGGCCGCGGCCCUGGAGCGGUUGCAGCCGUUGGAGACGGCCAUGCAGGAAGCCCAAAUCAAUUUGCGCAUGCAGCUUCUGCGCCACCACGGCGCUUUUUCUGGUCAAGCUUCGCGCGACAUCCUCGCCGGCAUUCCCAACGAAGACUUCCGGCAAUGGUCCAACGAAAUUAUGACGUGGAUGCUUCCGCUGCAGCACUUAUCGACAGCGCCGGCAAAUUUCGACCAAUUCCCUCCGCCGCCUGUGCCUGCCUUCACUGGCAUUGCUAGUUUCGCUACUUCCGGGAGUCAUCUCAUCCGCAUGUUUGCUGCGCGUAGCGGCGGCGGAGCGCCCGUGGCUGGUACCAAGCGGCGCGCGAGUGCGCCGGCCGACGGCGGCGGCAAGCGCCGUAGACAAGUUUGCUUCAAGUAUCGGGACAAAGGCUCGUGCAGGUUUGGUGAUUCUUGCCGAUACCGCCAUGAUCACGGUGCUGCGGACGGAGGCGACGCCGGAGCGCGUCGGGGACGCGCAGGCGCGAGUGGACGCAGCGAUGGAGGCGGGGGAGCCAGCGGCACCGGGGGAGGGUCUGGCGGAGGCGGUCGUACGGGGAGCGGCACCUCUUCCGCUCUCGGGGUGCGUGAUGGCAGCACCUGAGGACACGGGCUCUGCCGUGUGGCAGGGCCAACUCCAGUGCUGAGUGGGGAGGCGAAAAAGACAGUUGGGCCCGGUUUGCGCGAGCGGGGGCGUGCUGCGCUUGCCGCGGAGGGCGUAGUUGGCGAGCGGGAGAUGUGUGCUUCUGCGUCUGUCUCUUUGUUGUCACCAGAGGGUGGAGUUGGACCUGUCGGGGCAAGAGAUGUGCUCCGCCGUGCUGGCGUCAGCCUCGUGCUUCAGUCACUUGCGGCAACGUCUGAACGCACUUACCUGGGCCUUUUUGGAGGCUGGGUGAAGUUUCGCGUCGACGUCGUGGAUCAACCGGUGUUUAUUUCCCGCGAGGAGGAUGCGGGUGCUGUUAUUGGCCAGUUAGUUGACUUCGUGGCAUACGCGUUUUCUGUGUUGGGGUUGCAGCACUCAACCAUUGCCGGUUAUUUGUCCGCUGUCAAGUUUUACCAUCGGUUGCGUGGCGCAGGAGAGCUUCCGACACAGCACCCGUUUAUCCGGUGUGCACUGAAAGGAGCGGCGAGAGGACACGCCGGUGGGGGUUCGCAGCAGCGAUUGCGCCGGCCGGUGUCGUGGGCGUUGCUGCAACAAGGGUCUCGUUUGGUGCCUCAAUGGGGAGUGGGAGGUCGUGUGUUGUUUCUGGCGCUAAGUGUGUCCUUUUUCUUUUUGACUCGCGCGUCGGAAAUGUUCGCCGUGUCCAAGUUGGCCAUGCAUGCGGAGCAUGGGUUGCGGCGAGGAGACGUCGCAUUUUUCCGGGGGGACGAGCAGUUGUUCGUUCCCGAGAGUUGGGCGUUGUCGGACCGUGUUGAAGUUCGUUUCAGAUCGUCCAAGGGUGACCAGUUUCGCAAAGGUGCGGUGUGCACCAGGGUUCGGGAGGGUCCGUAUCGCCCAGUGUCUCACGGGGGGGGAGCUGUUGAUGUUAUGAUCGAACUCCUCUCCCUUCACCCGUUCCUGCCUCCUACUGCCCCCCUAGUUGCCUUUGGCGUCGGUGGCACCAGGUGGGCCAUGUGGACCAAGCAUCAGGCGACUGUCGCCCUGCGCCAAGUGGUCGCGUUGGGUGGUCUUCAGCCCGCGGAAUACGCGCUGCAUUCCCUUCGUAUUGGGGGCGCGACUUUCUUGGCGGCAGCAGGAGCUACGCCGGAGACUCUUCGCCGAGAGGGGCGGUGGGCCGGCGAGAGUAGUUACCAAUGUUACAUGCGCAAUGUAGGGUCUGAUGCUAGGUGGGUGUCGCAGGUGUUGCAAGAUGCUGCUGGUAGUAAGCAGCCAGGGCAAGGAACUCGAUGGGGUGUUGCAUGAGGAUGUAUUUAUAUUCGGUUGGAGGAAUCAAUGUGUUGUAACGGCCGGUUCAGGGUUUGAAGCGAGCGAAGAGAGUGUGGCCUGCUGGUAAUUUCUGAAGGGUAUAUCGAUGCGUUUGGUACCGCUGGCCUUCAGGAAGGUUUUGAAGUGAGAACAGUGCGGCCUGCUUGUUCUUUCUAGUUAAAUGAUGUAUGUGAGAAACGGAAGCAGAAUGCCGCUUGGCUUCAGGACGGUUCUGAAGUGAGAAGGGUGCGGCCCGCUUGUAUUUUUGAUGGAAUAUCGAUGCGUUGUAUACCGCUUAUCGUUUCAGAAAGGGUUUCAAAGCCAGACGAGCGCGGCCUGCCUGCCCUUCCCGUGUGAAUAAUGUGAGAAGCGGAAGGAGAGCCGCUUGUAGUCAGGAAGGUUUUGAAGUGAGGAGAGCGCGGGCGGCUUGUCCUGUCUGAGUAUAUAAUGCGCGCGGGUAAGCGGCCGCGUAUGGUAUAUUGUGGGCUUGGCUGUAAGAGGGGGGGGGAGAGAAUCAGUAUGAAACACAAGCCGUGUUUGUUGGGGGCAGACCGAGUUUUCUCUCUAUGUCGUCUGUUGGGUGGCUGGUGUUGCAUACUGAUGGUGGAUGUGGGGACCGGUACGCGUGAUUCGUGUGGCCCCGGUUCCUACUCUUCUCCCCCCCCCUGGCGAGCAAAGGGGGUGCAAAUUAAUAUAUAUACCAAAUUCGAAAGCAUCGAG